AUGGCUUCUGCACAUACUCUUCAACUUGUUACCAACUUUGAACUUAUUGUUAAGAUAAUAAGUGGUUUGGGCCCAGAGUUCCGUGAGAUUUCCACUGCAAUUUGGGCUCGUGACUCCACUAUUACUUAUGAAGAACUCUAUGAAAAGCUAUUGGAUCAUGAGUUGUUCCUUCGCCAUGAAGAGUCUAAAACCACUCCAACCCAGAUUACUACUGCAACUGCUACUUCCACCAAGUCUGGUCAUCCCAACUCUCAGCACCCUCGUCGCUCCAACAAUGGCACUGGCAGCAACCAACAAUGGCGGUCCAACAAUCACUUUCCUACGCCCAAUCAGUAUCGAUCUUCGCCCACCACCAACUCUUAUGAUUGUGUUCGCUGUCAAUUGUGCAACAAACCGGGUCAUGUUACAAGUGUUUGUCGAUCAAAAUCUCACAAUCAUUUUCAGGCAAAGGCCAACCAUAUUUCUGGAUUCCAGGCAUCCGCAAUUCCCUGGAUUGUCGAUUCUGGCGCAUCUUAUCAUAUCACUGCUGACCCUCACAACUAG